GCGGCCGUGCCGGCCCAGCCCAGCGCCCCCUGCCUCUGCCCCGCCGCCCCUGACACAUGGCCCGCGCCGGCACCUGCCUUGCCCUGCCCGGUCCCGCCGCCCCGGACCCAUGGCCAGCGCCGGCUCCGACCAAUGCCUAGCAUCGCCGGCCGCUACCCCAUGGCCUCCUUUCGUCCCCUCCCACUUCCUCAAAUCCGUGCAGCUCCAUCAUCCCACGCUCUCCACUGCUCCCUCUGCUCAGAUAGAUGGCGGCCGAGUUGGCGGAGGACGAAGGCGCGGACGUGUAUCUGGGCGGAAGAAUCGGCGGGAGGGAAGUUUCACCUCGGUUGGGCGAUCCCUAUGCUCCAUGCGGGGAAGCCCGAGGCUGAUUUGGGGGACGGUUGGAAGUGUUGGGGAACCGGACAGGGCUUCUGCCGGAGUUUUUUUUUUUUGUAUUUAGCUAUUGGGCACCUGAUAAUGCUUCUUUUGGAGAUGCUCUAAAUUAUAUUCACGAUACACAACCAGUGCCAAAGAGACGGUCACUUCGCUCUCUCGAUCGGCUUUGUCCUUUUAGCGAGCACGGAGCAUCCUGGCCUAGUCGCCAUGUCUCUCUCUAGCCUGGCCUAGCCAAUAAUUUGUUGCUGACGGAGGACAAUCAUGGGCUCGUGGUUGUUUUCAUCUUAAUGCGAACUCCUGUUUUCGUGGAUGAAAAUGAGAACCAAUAUCUCUCAUCUGAAUAUCAUGCUUUCCGGCCCGAAUUACUCCUUGCGUUCAGGAGGUGUAGUCGUCGCAUCUACACUGUUCAAAGACAGGUUUUGGAGGGGAAUCCAGUACUCAAGGCUUAAUCCUAGCUAUCAAGUCGGUCAAUCACAGAAGCACGUGAAACAAAACUAAUCAUUGCGCCAUCUCUUCUCGAUUUUUUUUUACUAGACUGGCCCAUCACGGCCGGCGAAGCUCCUCAAAAUGGGUCAAGUGAUGUGACUCCAGUGGUAGGCAAACCAAUGUUAGGCUAAGCUUGAGCUAGAAAUGGAGGGAAGGCAGGCAGCUGGAGGUGGAGGAGGAGGAUGUGGCAUGACGGCAGAGGCGGCGAGGCCGGCGGCGGCGAUGGUGGGACUUCAGGUGCUCUUCGCGGUGCUGCAGAUCUUCUUCAAGCUCGCGCUCAACGACGGCAUGGACGCGCGCGUCCUCGUUGCCUACCGCUUCAUGUUCGCUGCCGCCGUUCUCUGCCCCGUUGCCUUCCUAGUCGAGAGGAAGAAACGACCACCACUAACCAUGAAGGUGGUACAAUACUUGUUCUUGUGUGGAUUGUUUGGAAUUGCUAUAAACCAAAAUUUGUAUGUGCUGGCUAUAAAGUUGACUUCAGCAACCUUUGUUACUGCUAUCGCCAACCUCGCCCCUGCAACCACCUUCCUUCUUGCAAUCUUGACCAGGCUUGAGACUCUGAAACUAAGGAAUCCAGCUGGACAAGCAAAACUUGUUGGAACGCUUGUAGGCAUGGGUGGUGCAAUGUUGCUUACAUUCUACAAGGGCACAGAGUUGACACUUCUCAGACGGCUGCCACGUCCCAGGCUUGUCCACAUCACGGAAGCUCAUCACCACUCCCACCCACCAUCAACCGGCAAUCAAAUUCUAGGCUCGUUUCUGGGCAUCAUGAGUUGUUUCAGUUACGCGGCAUGGGUAGUCAUCCAGGCGAAAGUGGGCGAAGAUUACCCCUGCCACUACUCCAUCGCUGCAAUGGUAUGCCUCUUCGGUGCACUUCAGUCCACUGUCGUGGCUGUUUGCGUUCACAGGGACAUGGCACAUUGGAGGUUAGGACUCAACAUCAGACUAUAUUCCUCAGCCUAUGCAGGCUUGAUAGCAUCCGGAUCUGCAUUCCCGUUGCUAUCGUGGUGCUUGCGAAAGAAAGGUCCCCUGUUCAUCGCUGUGUUCAGCCCGUUGAUGCUUAUCUUCGUCGCGGUGAUGAGCUCUAUUGUUCUUGACGAGCCUUUGUACCUCGGCAGUGGGCUUGGUUCUAUCCUAAUUGUGUGUGGUUUGUACCUGGUUCUUUGGGGCAAAGCAAAAGAACAAACUGAUGUGUCCAAAGAUGAAGAUCUGGGCAAGGAAUCCAUUCCUGUGACAGCUACGAGUGAGAGCGGAGUAAGACAAGGAGAAUCAGGAAAUGAGGCCUCAAGUAGCUGCUUGGCAACCCAAAAAUAAACCUUUCUUAUAGGAUGUAUGUUUUCUCCUAAUACUUAUGUGUACUCCUUUAUUUUGGGAGUACACAUAAGAAUGGAGUACUAAGGUUAGAUUUGGCAUUGAUGUAUUCCAAAAUGCCAUGUAUCUCACUGGACAUCAUGCAAUGCUCACUGAGCCGAUCCUAUCCUACUGUUAUAAGUUGCAUCA